AUGUUUUACAAAACCAACUUAGUAUCUCCUAAUAGAACUUAAUCACCAGUGAUAGUUCAUAAACAAUCGAUUUCUCAAGCAAAUAAUCCACUUUUAUCUUAAUAAUAAUGUCUACCUUAAACUUAUUAUGCAUCAUCAAGAACAACACCAAUAAAAAAUUUAGAAUAGAAAUUUGAAGUAAUAAAAUAAAAUAUUACUAUACCAACUUAAAAUUAAUCAUCUCCUGAAAGAAAUAAACCAAUUAUUCCUAAUGAUUUUGAAAUUUAAGUUUUACGUAAUGAAAUCAUAUUCAGAGAUUAAAAAAUUGUUGCAUUACAAAAAGCACUUGAUUUAUCUAAUGAUGAUAGGGUGAGAUUAAGAUCAGCAUUGGAAUAAAAAUCAAAUUUAUGUGUCAAUAAAGAAAGAGAAAUUGCUAAAUUAUUAGCUACAAUUCAUUAAAUGGAAUAUAAGAAAAGUGAAAGUUAAAUAAUCAAAGAUCUUCAACAAUAAAUUGAAACUCUAAAAAUAUUUAUUUAAGAGAAUGCUUUAGAUAAAUAAAAUAUUAAGAACGAAGAUACUAAUAAUUUUAAAGCUAAAAUGGCUAUACUUUAAUAAUAAUUAACCUAAUAAAUAAAUUAAAAUGAAUCACUCUAAUAGUAUAUAAAAGAACUUAUAAAUUAAAAUAAAGAUUUAUAAUUGAAAUAUACAGAAAAAUGUAUUGAAUUCCAAAAACUAGAGAUGUAAUUAGAUUAAAUCUAAAUAUUAUAAAAUGAACUUAAAGGAAAGGAAGAAGAAAUUGAAAUCUUAAAAGAAGAACUGAUCAAUGAUAAUACUAGUACUAACAUUAAAGAAUAAAGUUUUAUUGAUCAAUAAAAUGAAAUUUAGAAAUUUCUAAUUCAAAUAAAAUAAUAAUAUUUAGAAGAUUCUCCAAAACUAGAUAAAGAUGAUUAAGAUUCCAUUAAUAUUAAUCAACAUAUAUACAGUUUUUAAUCUACAGAUGAUUUUAAUAAAGUGGAAAUUUAGAAAACAAACAAAUGA